AUCAUUUAGUAGAAUCUAAAAAUUGUGGUCUUUGAGGGAUGGAAGAGGAAUUUUAUGAUCUUACUGGAUCUACUGGAAAUUCAUCAAACCUUAGGACGAAAAUUCAUUUCUCGAUUCUUCAACAAGCAAAACCAGAACCAGAGCCAGCUCUCAUUAAUCAAAUCUCACUCAACUCAAUUCCUCUUCCCAUGCAAAUGGAUUCUCCAACUCUCAACACAUUAAACCGCCCAUCAACUUUCCUCCAUAAUCCGAAGCCAUUCAAAUUCGUACAGACUAAAUUAUUCUUCUUCAAUCCAAGGAUUUCUUCUCCUGUUCAUCUUCGCCAAACACACAAAUUCUUUUCUGGUGUUGUCUGUGGCGUUUCUUCUACUGAAACAAGAGAGGAAGAGAAGAAGAAGAUGAAAAUGAAAUCUAAGUCAGGAGUUGGCAAUGUGAGAUUAAGUGUCAGGUUAGAUCAUCAAGUUGAAUUUGGGGAGAGCGUUGCAAUUUUGGGAUCAGUUAAAGAGCUGGGGUUAUGGAAGAAGGCUGUGAAGAUGAAUUGGAGUGAGAGUGGAUGGGUCUGUGAGUUGAAAUUGAAGGGGGAAGAGAGUGUUGAGUAUAAGUAUGUCAUUUUUGGGAAGGAUAAGAGUAUGGUAUGGGAAAGUGGUGAUAACAGGAUCUUGAAACUACCAAUAGGAGGGAGUUUUGGCAUAAUCUGCCACUGGAAUGAGACAGGGGAGGCUGUGGAUCUACUGCCUUUGAGUGUGCAGGAGAACAAGGAUGAUACUAAUGAUGUUGGUGAGAAUGGAUCUACGAUAACUGAUUCUUCUGCUGAAGCUCUUCUGGAGGUGGAGACCAGUCCUUUUGUAGGGCAAUGGCAGGGGAAGGCUGUCUCAUUUAUGCGUUCAAAUGAGCACCAGAACCGAGAAUCAGAUAGAAAAUGGGACACUUCAGAUCUUGAAGGCUUAGCUCUAAAGUUAGUUGAAGGUGAUCGGGAAGGAAGAAACUGGUGGAGAAAGCUUGAAGUUGUGCGUGAGUUAUUAGAUGAUAAUCUGCAACGUGGGGAGCGGUUGGAGGCUCUCACAUACUCUGCUAUAUAUCUGAAGUGGAUAAACACUGGGCAAAUCCCCUGCUUUGAAGAUGGAGGUCAUCAUCGGCCAAAUAGGCAUGCUGAGGUUUCAAGGCUUAUAUUCCGUGAAUUGGAACGAAUUUCCUGUAGGAAAGAUACUUCACCUCAGGAGGUGCUUGUUAUUCGCAAGAUCCAUCCAUGUUUACCAUCUUUUAAGGCAGAGUUUACUGCAUCUGUUCCUCUUACUCGAAUUAGAGACAUUGCUCAUCGGAAUGAUAUCCCUCAUGAUCUCAAGCAAGAAAUCAAACAUACAAUUCAAAACAAACUUCAUCGUAAUGCUGGCCCAGAAGAUUUAGUUGCUACAGAAGUCAUGCUUGCAAGAAUUACCAAGAACCCUGGAGAGUAUAGUAAUGCAUUUGUGGAGCAAUUCAAGAUUUUUCAUCGUGAACUGAAAGAUUUCUUCAAUGCUGGAAGUCUUUCAGAACAACUGGAGUUGAUUAGAGAAUCUUUGGAUGAACAAGGAAUUUCCUCUCUCACAUUGUUUUUGGAUUGCAGAAAGAGUUUGGACAGCGUGGAAGAACCUAGUAAUAUCAUGGAGUUAAUUAAAACCAUGCAAUCUUUAAAUGCUCUGAGAGGAACAAUUGUAAAGGGUCUUGAAAGUGGAUUAAGGAAUGAUGCUCCUGAUGCUGCAAUAGCAAUGCGCCAAAAGUGGCGUCUUUGUGAGAUUGGCCUUGAGGACUACUCAUUUGUUCUUUUCAGUAGAUUCCUCAAUGCACUUGAAGCUAAGGGAGGAGCUCACUGGCUUGCUAAGAAUAUGGAAUCAAAAAAUGUAGGCUCCUGGAAUGACCCACUUGGUGUCCUAGUUGUUGGUGUUGGUCAGCUUGGUUUAUCUUGUUGGAGACCAGAAGAAUGUACUGCUAUUAGGAAUGAACUCCUUUCCUGGCAAGCGAAAGGCCUUUCUGCAAAGGAAGGGAGCGAAGAUGGCAAAAUAAUUUGGCUACUAAGGCUUAAAGCUACCCUUGACAGGGCCAGAAGACUUACAGAGGAGUAUUCUGAAGCACUUCUUCAAAUAUUUCCACCAAAAGUAGAGAUUCUAGGAAAAGCUCUUGGAAUUCCUGAGAAUAGUGUAAGGACAUACACUGAAGCUGAGAUUCGAGCUGGGAUAAUUUUUCAGGUUUCAAAGCUCUGCACUGUUCUUCUGAAAUCUGCUAGAAGUGCACUUGGUUCUCAGGGUUGGGAUGUUCUUGUUCCAGGAACCACUCUUGGAACCAUAGUUCUGGUUGAGAGAAUUAUUCCAGGAUCACUGCCAAAAUCUGUAGGACCUAUUAUUCUUGUUGUCAACAAAGCUGACGGAGAUGAAGAGGUGACAGCUGCUGGUAGUAACAUACUGGGAGUUAUACUUCUGCAGGAGAUGCCUCACUUAUCCCACCUUGGUGUUAGGGCCCGGCAAGAGAAGGUUGUUUUUGUGACAUGUGAAGAUGGUGAUAUGAUUGCUGUCAUAAAAAAGCUGGCUGGAAAAUAUGUGAGAUUGGAGGCAUCUUCAACAGGUGUAAACAUUAAUCCAUGUUCAGCAGAUGAUAGCAGGAACGAUUCUGUUUUGAAAAAUGUCUCUGGUACUGGUUUGUCCACUGUUGAAGCCCCUGGUGUUCAUGUCACAUCUUUGUCUGAUAUUAAUGCCCUAUCAUUGAGCCAUGGUGAAUCUGUAGGAAUUUUACAACUUGCAGAUGCAGAUGCUGUAACUUGUGGCUCGAAGGCUGCAGCAUGUGGUCGUUUAGCUUCCUUGGCAGCAGCUUCUGAUAAGGUUUACAAUGAACAGGGGGUGCCAGCUUCAUUUCAUGUCCCAGCAGGAAUAGCUAUACCUUUUGGCUCUAUGAAAUUAGCUCUAGAACAAAGCAAAUCAAUGGAAAAAUUCAUGUCUCUUCUAGAAAGAAUAGAAACGGCGAGAGUGGAUGAUGGUGAACUUGACAAACUUUGCUGUGAACUUCAGGAUAUAAUAUGUUCUCUACAGCCACCUAAAGACACCAUGGAAAGCAUUGAAAAAAUAUUUCCAAGUGAUGCUCGUUUAAUUGUCCGUUCAAGUGCCAAUGUUGAGGACUUGGCUGGAAUGUCAGCUGCUGGACUUUAUGAUUCAGUACCAAAUGUUAGCCCAUCAAAUCCAACAGUAUUUGCAAAUGCCAUUGCUCGAGUCUGGGCAUCACUUUACACUCGCAGAGCAGUUUUAAGUCGUCGAGCUGCUGGUGUACUUCAGAAGGAGGCUGCAAUGGCUGUUAUGGUGCAAGAAAUGCUUUCCCCUGAGCUUUCAUUUGUGCUUCACACUCUCAGCCCAACAGAUUCUGAUAAUAGUCGUGUAGAAGCUGAGAUUGCCCCUGGGCUUGGUGAAACCCUAGCUUCAGGUACUCGGGGCACACCCUGGCGACUGUCUUGUGGGAAGUUUGAUGGUCAUGUAAGAACAUUAGCAUUUGCCAAUUUCAGUGAGGAGCUGCUGGUAUCCCGUGCAAGUUCUGCUGAUGGAGAAGUCAUUCAUUUGACAGUUGAUUAUAGUAAGAAACCACUGACAACUGACCCAAUUUUCCGUCAGCAGCUUGGUCAGCGUCUGUGUUCAGUUGGUUUUUAUCUGGAGAGGAAGUUUAGGUGUCCACAGGAUGUGGAAGGAUGCCUGGUUGGCAAAGAUAUCUACAUAGUCCAGACACGGCCACAACCCCACUAAAAAAUCCUCCGCUUGGGUCUGCUCUUUGGUAAGAUGGCAACUAUAUGCCGCAGCUGUAUCUUGAUUAUCCUGUACUAAAAUAAACCAUGAUGUAAAUUUUUUAAAAUUUUUGGCGCAUAUCAGUGCACCCUUUGCAGUAGUUUGGUUAAUACGCUAGACAUCAGGCGUUUUGAACUUGAAUAUCGAAAAAUUAACAAUUGGCUUC